AUGACUUUUUUCGACAUCACAGUGCACUUCCUGUCAGCAUCGGGCAUCCCAAAGAUGGAUGUGGUGGGGACCGCGGAUCCCUAUUUCGUGGCCAAUCUGGACGAUAGGCUCAAAUAUGUGUCGACUGUACAGGAUAAUACCCUCACGCCAACGUGGGACGAGGUAUGGAGAGUGAAGAACGUUCCUCAAGAGGCGACUCUUGCCGUGGAGGUGCUCGACAAGGAUUCGAACAGUCUCACAGACGGAUAUAUUGGCCAAUUCAGUAUCCCCGUAUACUCGGGAGAGCAGCAGCUUAGGAUAGAGGACAAGGCGUUGAAGAGGAAUCGAGGAACUUUCAGGCUAUCGAUCGACAUUGUCCCCUCAGAAGAUCCCGAAGCCAGCCACCACCCCUACACGUUUGACGGCCCUAUCCGUUUCUCGCAUCACUGCUCUCCAACUGUUGGCCGCAUCGCCAACACCGACUCCCGUCUGUACUCGACGUGGAAGGUGUACAUUAAGGGCGUGCGCCUUUUUUUCGGCGACCAGGUGCAGACAUGGAACCAAGACUACGCCAAGGCACGCUCAAUCUUCCAGGGGCCCACCUCGAUGGCUGUGCGCUCCGUUAUCCACACAGGACAUCGCAUGCUGUACGCGCGCACCGCCGCGAACGGGUUCGGUGUGCUCGACACGCCCGACGACUUCUUCCACCUUCUGCACGGGCAUGCCGAUCCGAAGGAUGCACAGGGCGGGCUGUUCGUGCAUCGCAUCAAGCCCGCGCUGUACACGUACAUCAUCGCGGUCGAUGACGAGUCGCUGCGGUUCUCGGAGACGGGUGCGCGGUUCCUGGUGAACAUGGCGUCGAAGCACGCGCUGCACUCGAACUGCGCCGAGGCGGUGCGCUACUCGGGCGAGUUCCACCCGCGGCCGGCCGGCGGGUGGGAGAGCUUUGACGACGCUCGCGGGGACGCGGACGUGCAGUGGGAACUUGUCGUGGACAACAAGUCCGGGACGUAUGCUCCCGACAGUGCCUUGCUGCCCGCGCUCAGGGGCCUGCUCGAGUUCAACUUCCCCGGGUUCAGGAUCGUCGCGCUGGACUACCGGGAUCCGGAGCUGAAGCGCAGCAGCGAGGCAUGCCGGGCGUAUGCCUUGGCGAAGCGCGGCGUCCGCCAGGGAGAUCUGCAGCCGCAUGCGCAGGAGGGCAGGGAGACGUUGGUGCAGCGGGCGUCGAACGAGCUGCACAAGCAUGGUAUAUCAUUCGGGCAUAGGAAAAGUGAUGCCGGAGGAGAUGCGUCUUCAGGCUGA